UAAAUUAUAUAAAAUAAUUUAUAUAUAUAACAUUCAUCCCGCGCAAGGCGCGGGUCUUAACCUAGUUCUUUUUUUAAAAAAAAAGCAAAACACUUCAUCUUUGAAGUUAUAAAGUGUUUUUUGGAGAUAUUCUUAGUAUCAUAUGUGCUUUUUUAAUUCAUUUUUAUUUUGUAUUAUUUUCGGUUAUAGAAUUUAUCUAGCCUCCGAUACCCUAUAAGGGAAUGUAAAGUAAAAUCUGGACUGAAAUAAGACAAUAUUUUUGAUUUUCUUUUUUUCUCUUAUAGCUAGUUAGCUACACUCCUAGUCCUUAGUUUAGCUUUCCGUAAGUUGAAAGCAAAGACGACUUGCAGAGUUACUUUUCAAGUUGCACACUGUUGAAAAACCUAGACGUUGUAAAUGCUUUAUCCAUGUAUCAGGACAUAUAUUUAUAUGCAUCUCUAGCCUCUAGGUUUAGAGAUCCAAGUAUAUAAUAAAACCCAUAACAAAUUAAGUAAAUUUGUGUUCUUAUCUUAAGAUGAAUUUUAUCAUUGGCAGUAGACAGUAGACACUAGUAUUUGUAAAUAUAUGAUAUUCAAUAUAUUUUUCAUAAUUAUGUGUAUGUGAGGUCUAGUUAACUUGAAUCUUAGAGCAUCAGCAUUAGUGAACCCCUUGGAAGGGGUUCACAAAGCAUUUUUUUAUUAUUAUUUUUUUUCUGUUUGAUUUUUGUUUUUAAGCAUAUAACCAGACCAACCGCGGGCCGCCACGUGUCGUGGGGCCCGCGCUACAGUGAUGAUCCGGGUUCAGUGCAGUGAACUUCUAAGAGGGAGGUUCAUUGCUUUUGUUUAUUUUAAUAUUUUUUUUUUUCGAAAACUGUGUGAACUCCCCAUGGAAUUCACUAAUGCAGAUGCUCUUAGUCUCGGCUGGAGAUUAUAAACUCAUUCUCUUUUUCAUGAUUAACAAAGUGUGUAUCAUAAAUAGCUAAAAAGAAAAACUGAUUCUUACGAAUUCAGGUGCCGAGAUAGCAUAUUUUCUUGCCAAAAUCUUUCCAAUAAUGUACAAGAUGAUGAUCAGUAUUAAUACAACUCCCUCGCUCACUCAAAUCAUGAGUUCCUCUCUCAAACUUUCUCACUCUAUUCCACAUACAUGCGCAAAUGCUCUAUUCUUGCCUUUUAACAUGAUCGUAUACGAAAAAAACAUUAACGUAUACGGUAUAACCAAAUGGCCCCUCCACCUGUAGACGUCUCUCGGAUCUCGUACCUCAUGAACCACAAGAUUCCUCAUGACUAUUUCAAUAGUGAAUAAACGCACAUCGAUUUUUUUGUGAGCGAAAGACUCUAAAGUCUAAACUGCUCACAGGGCCGGGCCUGACAAUUACCGGCCCAAAAGCAAAAUAAUUUUUUUGUUCUUUUACUUUAAAAAAAUCAUGAAAAACAUUGAAAAUGUAACAAAGGCGUUAGAACCCGGCCUCCUAAGAUAAUUAUGCAUCAUUACCGCUAGACCAAAGACUAUCUUCUGUUGUUUAUGGCCCCUAAAAUAUCUAAUAAUAAUCCGGCCCUGAAACACAUGCUUCACCUGCCUAGGCCCGGCCCUGCCUGCUCAUAGACUCAUAGUAUUCAAACCUUCUAUUUGGCAGAAGCUUAAUAUCUUGUUUGUUUAAUUUUAAAUUUGGUUUAUUGUGUAUUUUGUAAUAAUGCCGUUUAUAUUGAUAGUAAACCGAUUGGUAGUUAACUUUUAUCACGAUUUCGAUCAAUGAAAAAAAUGAACUAUUGAUCGGAUCAUGCAAAAAUAUGACUUUAUCUGCUAAAUUAGAAUUCACUGCCAAAUGUGUUUUUGUUCCAACCAUUGUGUAACUUCCCUACAGGGGAUAGUCUGGUUCACAAUAAUAUUUUCUAUGAUCAUAAUACCAGACGAUGUCGUAGAUGAGUGGCCUCCGUAAAAUCCAAAAUCCAGUAGAUCAAAAAUGGAACAUAUAAAAUCCUGAUUAUGUUUUCAGCAAUUAAAAAAGAAUUAAUAGUACGUAAAUACAUUCAUUUCCUCUAUUAUGUGCUCCACUCUCUAAUAAUAGAGCAAGUAAUAACUAAGUUUAGUGGUCUAAAAAGAAACAAUACUUUUAAUUAAUUCCACCAUAUUUGUUAAGUUAAAAAUGUUUGUAAGUAAGAAUGUAUCUAGCUUUUAGGUUAACUAGAAAAAUAUCCAAGAUAAAGUUUAAAGCUAAUAAAAAAAAAGUUUAAAGCUAAUAGAAUUUGAAUGAUGCUUGGCUUUGGACUUUGGGUUUACGGAUGUCACCCUAUAAAAUGUUUGUAUAUUCCAUUUAAUGUAACUCAAUAUUUAUGUACAGAUUAGAAGAUAUCGACAAUGAAGUAUUAAAUCUAUGAAUAAUCUAAAGAAUCUUAAACCCAUUAACCUUUUUGCUUUUCUAAUAAUUCCACCACAAUACAAACACACAAGUUGCAAACUCGAUAUGUAAUUGGAACACUAUUAUAACACAAAUGCAUAUAAGUGUUCCUAAAUAAAUCUGCAUAUGAAAGCAAGCUUUUUCCCUUUUUAACUCUCUCAACUCCUACCUUCCUUUACCAACCUUUACUUUCUUUUCACACACACACACAUAUGUAUAUAUAGAGGGAGAGAGAGACCUUUAUGACUUCAUAGAAGAGAGUGAUGUGCUCAAAGAAAGAAGUAGAAAGUUCAGGAGCCAUGAACAACAUACAAAAUCACCCAAAUAACCUCUUCUUUCACCAACUUGUCUCCCAUCAUCAUCACCAAGAACCUUCUCAAUCCGAAACUUUCAGAGCCCCAGGUUACAACGUCGAAUCCGGAUUCACUAUCUUCUCCCAGGACUCCGUUUCCCCAAUAUGGCCUACUUCGACCCAACCACAGUUCGAUCCAUUUACUCCUCCUACUCCUCAGGCAUCUUUCUACGGGAGUUUCUUCAAUAGAAGCCAAGCUCAUCAUCAGGGAUUACAGUUUGGAUACGAGGGUUUUGGUGGAGGCACGUCAGCAACGCAUCAUCAUCAAGAACAGCUUCGGAUCUUGGCAGAGGCUUUAGGUCCCGUAGUGCAAGCCGGGUCGGGUCCUUUCGGGUUACAAGGUGAGUUAGGGAAGAUGACAGCACAAGAGAUCAUGGAUGCUAAAGCUUUGGCUGCUUCAAAGAGUCAUAGUGAGGCUGAGAGAAGACGAAGAGAGAGGAUCAACAAUCAUCUUGCUAAGCUCCGUAGCAUAUUACCCAACACCACCAAAACUGAUAAAGCGUCAUUACUAGCAGAAGUGAUUCAACACGUGAAAGAGUUGAAGAGAGAGACUUCAGUGAUCUCGGAGACAAACUUGGUUCCAACAGAGAGCGACGAGUUAACGGUGGCUUUCACAGAGGAGGAAGAAACCGAAGAUGGCAGACUCGUAAUUAAAGCGUCGCUUUGUUGCGAAGACAGGUCGGAUUUAUUGCCGGACAUGAUCAAAACGUUGAAAUCGAUGCGUCUCAAAACGCUCAAGGCCGAGAUAACCACCGCCGGAGGACGAGUCAAGAACGUGUUGUUUGUCACCGGAGAAGAGAGCUCCGGGGAGGAUAUGGAAGAUUAUUGUAUAGGGAUGAUAGAGGAAGCUUUGAAGGCGGUGAUGGGGAAGUGUAACGUUGAAGAAUCAUCUUCUUCUGUGAAUGCUAAGAGACAGAGAAUGAGUAGUCACAACACUAUUACCAUCAUCGAACAACAACAAUAUCACCAUUAAGGUAAUCAAGUUUUAAUCAAUAUUGUACGUCAUGUUAUACUAUGGAUAUGUGUGCUUGUGUGUGUGUCUGUAUAACGGAGAUAUUUGUAUCCAUUAAGGGACUUGGUUUGGUUAUGAGUACUUUCUUUUGGUUGUUAUAUAUGUUGAUUUGGUUAUAUGAUUUUUCUUUUUUUCUCUUA